AUGAGCGCUAUCUUUGAGCAUCCCGAGUGGUUCCGCACUGAUACAGACACAUUCGACCUUUUUCGUGAAUAUCCUCAUUCAUUUCCAACAUAUGACCCUGAACAUUCAGCCUACUUUGACGCACUUUGUGACUCCUCAGCAUUCCAGCAUGUUGAUGGGGACGCCGAUUACGAACGGCCGUGGUAUGCUGACUUCGGACAAUCACUCGAGGCAGUCCACCAUGAUUACUUCGCACCAUUCCUUAAUGCCACUGUUUUUCGGCUCAUGACAUGGUUUUACAACUCGUCGAUCUCGAAAUCACUGCAAGAUCUCAAUUGUUUAGUCAACGAUGUCAUUUUAGCGGAGGAUUUCUGCCGAGAGGAUUUGCUAGAUUUCAAUGCAUCUAGGGAGGCAUCGCGUCUUGAGAAGGCCCAACAUGACCCUGCCUCCUCGAUAUUCUCCUCUGAUGGAUGGCAUGAAACCUCGGUGAAGAUCCGACUUCCUUGUGAAAAAGACAAGUUCUCCUCUGAAGAUUGCGCGCCUGAAUUUGAAGUUAACGGGCUUUAUUACCGCAAGCCAUUGGAAGUGCUCAAAUCUGCAUACCAGGAGGUUGCAGCGAAGACGUUUCACACAAAGCCAUACAAACUAUUCUGGCAGCCUGACGACAAUGAACCUCCAGAAAGGAUCAUUACCGAGCUGUACACAUCUGACGCCAUGCUUCAAGAGCAUGAGAAGCUCGACUCGCAGCCAAAUGAACCAGGCUGUAACCUGGAAACUGUCAUUGGUGCGAUCAUGCUCUGGCAACAUGCAACAAAAUGUGGGAGCUUUACUUGCGAGUCUGUCAGAAGGUGA